AUCUUUCUACCUGUCUUCUUAUUUAGUGAUAUGCCAAUAUAUGCAAACUAACUGAUUGUUCAAACUAUGUGGUGCAGUUGGUUUUUUCACUUUUACUUCCAUGUUUGAUAUUCUCUCAACUCGGACAAGCCAUCACUUUAGAGAAAAUGAUUGAGUGGUGGUUCAUUCCUUUUAACGUUGUUCUAGCUACCAUAUCAGGGUCGUUAAUAGGUCUACUUGUGGCGUCCAUCGUCCAUCCACCAUACCCAUUCUUCAAGUUUACUAUCAUACAAAUUGGAAUCGGGAAUAUUGGAAAUGUGCCACUUGUCCUGAUUGCAGCUUUAUGUCGAGACAAGUCAAAUCCUUUCGGUGAUUCUGAGAAAUGUGCUCAAGAUGGGAAUGCAUAUAUCUCAUUCGGCCAGUGGGUUGGUGCAAUUGUUCUAUACACCUAUGUUUAUCAGAUGCUUGAACCCCCUCCUGAAGGUACCUUCGACAUUGAGGACAGAAAUCUUCCCAUCAAGUACACUGCUAAGGAUAGCACUCCAGUGGAAACUCCUUUGCUUACGGAAGAGGUGGUUCCAACAAAUUCAGAUGCUCCAAAGAAAGGAAAGAUUAAAGCUUUCUUAGAGUUUUUGUAUGAGAAGUUGAAGCUUGAGCAAAUACUUCAACCCCCUAUUAUUGCUUCUAUUUUAUCGAUGGUAAUUGGAUGCAUACCAUUUUUAAAGAAUUUGAUAUUUACGCCCGAUGCUCCUCUUUACUUCUUCACCGACAGCUGCACAAUUCUUGGGGGUGCCAUGAUUCCAUGCAUUUUGUUGGCAUUAGGUGGCAACCUUGUAGAUGGACCGGGGAGUUCAAAACUUGGUCUACGGACAACUGCUGCUAUUAUUUUUGGACGGUUGGUUUUGGUUCCUCCCACUGGACUCGGCAUUGUCAUGUUGGCUGACAAGCUUGGUUUGCUUCCUCCUGAUGAUAAGAUGUUCAGAUUUAUUCUUCUUCUCCAGCAUACAAUGCCCACAUCUGUGCUUUCUGGUGCUGUUGCAAAUUUAAGGGGGUGCGGAAGAGAGGCAGCAGCUGUGUUGUUUUGGGUUCAUAUAUUUGCAGUUUUUUCGAUGGCUGGGUGGAUCGUUCUCUAUCUCCACUUACUCUUUUAAAUUCCAUGAUAUUGCUGUUCGGCUGAAGGCAAGGGGAAGGCAGUCAUUUUCCUGUUCUGAGAGUUCAGAGUUCACAUUUUUGGAUUAGCUCAUUCUGUCUCGUCCAACAUCACCAAGCAGUGGCAUACCACUUGCUUACUUCUCUUCAUUUUUUUAAGCCAUUCUCAAUAGCUAAAUUGAAAUGAUGACAAUGUAUACUGUCAAGGUACUAGUGACAAGUUCUGAUCAUACGAAGCGUGUGAGGUCACGCUCUGUGAAUUCUGUUUAUUCUAUCUUGCGUUCUUUUCGGCUUUGUACAGCAAUUUCAUCCACAUUUAUUCCAACUAUUGCAUGAUUAUUAUUUGAUUAAUACCACCUUGUAUAAGAUUGGUAUGGUUCUUCUAAUUGUUAACAUUUUUACUUUCUA